AUGGCUCCUACAGCUGCUGCUCGGGCUCGGCAGAGUCAGCGAGUCUCCAGGCAACCGCCGGGGAAGCCUCGCGAGAACUCCGGGCGGGCUGCCCCGCCCAUAGCGACGCGCGCCAUGGCCCUAGCAACCGCCAGCGGCGCUGCUCCCUGCGGAGCCUGGCCUGGCUCGGGGGGCGGGGCCCAGUGCGCCGGGCGGGGCCCCUCGCGGGCCGGGCCCUGCCCCAGACCCUGCUCGCCCCGCCCCGCCGGGAGCCCGGGCCCUGCAGCUCGGCCCUUCCCGCUGGCCCCUGGGGCCGCAGGCGGCGGGGCCCCUCCCCGGGGUGUCCGGGCGGCGCCUUCCCCCGCCCCGCCCCUUCCUGGCGGCGCACAGCCAAGCCCCGGCCUGUGUGCGGGCUCCGGAGCCCGCGGAACUGCCCGAGACUGCGGGGGGGGCAGUCUGACCCUCCUCCCUUCGCCCGGCCAUUGGGGCCCAGUGCCAGCCAGUCUGUGGGUGCGCAGCACGUCGGGCUCCCGGCUGUCGGGUGGGGGACAGGGACAGGGGUGGCCAGUCAGACUCGAAGCUCAGCAUGAUGCCAUCAGGUGGCAGAGCAUCCAGGCUCCAUUCCUGUGCUUCUCCCACCCGCCCAUCUACCCCCUGGCUGCCAGGCACCUGGAAAGACACAAGCACCAGCCACAGGUUUCCGUGGAGCAGGAUGAUCCAGAUAUGACCUGCCUGGUGUCCCCUGAGCUUCCCUAUGUGGAAGUCAUAGUGCGAACAGAUAACAAAACCGGAGAUGCCACUGCCCACAGGCACCUUUCUGAUGUGAAGUUCACCUGAUUCAAAGAAACCUGUUCACAGUGCAGGGAGCAUGCAGCAUGCACUCUACAUGGUACUACACCAGGGGUGGGCAAACUUUUUGGCCUGAGGGCCACAUCUGGGAAUAGAAAUUGUAUGGUGGGCCAUGAAU